AAAUUAAAAGCUUUGGAGGGAAAACUCCCGCCAACACAAAUCUCCCCCCAAUAGGAAAUCAAAUCCCUCUUCGGCUCCUCCCCACUCCUCACAAAUCUGAAAUCCCCGAACCCCAUCCGCAGUCCGGAUCGAGGAGAUCGAGCGAUCGGAAUGGCGGACAUGGGCAGCCUCGAGAAGAUGGGACGGGAGCUCAAGUGCCCCAUCUGCCUGAGCCUGCUUAGAUCGGCGGUAUCCGUCACCUGCAACCACAUCUUCUGCAACGAUUGCCUCACGGAGUCGAUGAAAUCCGCUUCCAGCUGCCCUGUGUGCAAGGUCCCGUUCCGCCGAAGAGAAAUACGGCCAGCACCACACAUGGACAAUUUAGUCAGCAUUUUGAAAAGCAUGGAGGUUGAAACAGGAACCAAUGCUGUCUCAACACAGGUGACCUCUGUGGUGGAAGUUGCAGAUGGAACUGAACAUGCUAACAGCGGGAGAAGGUCUAAAAGGUUGCAAAAAUCGAAGGGGCAAAAGAAGAUACCAUCCAAGAAGGAAGCAAACACAAUGAAGCCUACUGCAGCUUCUGCAUCCUGCCCUACUAAAAAGCCUUCUUUCUCUACGAACAAGAGAAUACAUGUGACACCAUUCCCUGAAUCUGAGACUCCAAUGAGACCUCAGAAGAUUAUGAAGCCUGAAGAGCCAAAAAAUAAAUUGAAUGAUGAUGCUGAACACGGCAAAGAUGCAAUGGCUUCUGAUAAACCAGGAUGUUUUUCAUUGUCACCGUUUUUUUGGUUAAGGGAAGGAGAAGAUGAAGGUGGCACUGCUGAAACAUUAAGUGAUCCACUAUCGUUGGAUACACCCUUGCGUCACAAUGCACCUUGUUAUAGUGAUAUUCAAGAUUCUGAUGAUAAAACCCCUCCUAUUAGGACUCCUAAUAGCAAAGCUGCGGUCCCAGAAGUCUUUGAUAGUGAAAUCUUUGAAUGGACCCAGAGACCUUGCUCUCCAGAGCUUUAUUCAACUCCACUGAAAAAGCAGGGUAGUGUUAAGAAUAUACAAGAUCAAAUAGCAGAGAAUGAUGACUGGGAAGAUUUGCAUCUGGGUGGUUCAUUUGAUAAGUUAGGUCAUGCAAGUAAUGCAGUUCCUCGUGUCGAUGCAAAAGAAAUGAAGCAGAAGGGAAAGAAGGCAAGAGUUAGGAACAGCAAGUCAGCAAAGCAGCCCAGUCGUCCAAAGGCCAGUAUGAAAGAAGCUGAUGCCAAUCAACAAGAUUCAAAUUGCACUAGAAGUCUUGCUGGCAACAGCAAGAACACAAAGUUACCAAAUCGCCCAAUGAUCAGCAUAAAAGAAACUGAUGUCAAUCAACAAGAUUCAAAUAGCACUAGAAUUCUUGCAGCAAAGUUGUGUGAGAAAAACAGUAUUGCAACCAAGAAGAACACUUCAAAUAGAAGAUACAAGGCUUUUAGCAACAUCAAUCCACUUCCUUGCUCUUAUGACAACUCUUUGAAGACAUUUCUUCCUGAGGAAGAUAAGGAGACCGAAGCGCAUGAUGACGGGAUUUCCACAAAAAGAACCCAGAAAAAGGGGAAAAAAGGUCAACAUAAAUGUGCAAGGAAGUUGGGAAUAAUAGGUAAUAGUACAGUUGAGGCUACAGAGAGUAACCCGGAGCCAAGAAGUAAGCGAGUUAGAAGAAUGACUGAUGGUGGCAAUGCCGAAAACAUAAGAGUUAUUGCAGGCUCUGGGAGCGAAACAGAAAUUCCACAACUCCACAGCAUCAUAAAAGGCUGCACCCGAAACAAACCCUCAGAUGCUAGACGUGAAAAGAGAAAACUUAGUGGAGAAAUGAAAAGUAAGAUUGGAUUAGAGAGCUUGAAACAGAACAUUGGUGGAAAUGGAUUAAACAUCUUACCUGGCAAAUGCCAAGGUAGUGAGACAACACAAGCAGCUUCUUCAGCGAUAAGUGCAUCAGUUGAAAACACUAGUGCAAAAGGUACUGAACAAUCAGAUUGUUCAGGAAUGAAAAACUUCAGAAAGCUUCAGGCCUGCAAUGGGCGUAGUACUUUCCUGUUGAAAUGUGAUACUGUUUCUAAGGUUUCAUGUGCUUUCUGCCAGUCUGAUGACACUACAGAGGAGUCUGGGGAGAUGGUUCACUACCAUAACGGAAAACGAGUCCCUGAAGAGUUCAGUGCAGGGGCUAAUGUCACACAUGCUCACAAGAACUGCUUGGAGUGGGCUCCAAAUGUCUACUUUGAAGAUGACUCGGUGUUUAAUCUUACGGCUGAGUUGACUAGAAGCAAAAGGAUCAAAUGUGCUUGCUGUGGAAUUAAAGGUGCCGCACUUGGAUGCUUUGACAAGAGUUGUCGAAAAAGCUUCCACUUCACAUGUGCUAAAUUGAUCCCAGAAUGUAGAUGGGACACUGAAAACUUUGUGAUGCUAUGCCCUUUGCAUCAGUCUUCAAAGUUGCCUAAUGAAUCCUCCGGGGGACAAAAGCAAUCUAAAAGGAUAGUGACACCAAAAGGUCCAUCUCAAGUAAGAUCUAGUCAAGAUUGUAGUAAUAACUGGAAAUGGGCAUCUGGACCACAGAAGUGGGUUCUCUGCUGUUCGGCUCUUUCUACUGCUGAGAAGGGAAUUGUAUCAGAGUUUGCAAAAUUAACCGGUGUGCCUAUUUCCACAAGCUGGAGUCCCAGUGUUACCCAUGUUAUUGCAUCAACCGACCUCUCUGGUGCUUGCAAGCGCACACUGAAGUUUCUGAUGGCAAUCUUGUAUGGCAAAUGGAUUGUCUCCAUGGACUGGGUUAAGGCUUGCAUGGACCGCAUGGAACCUGUUGAUGAGCAGAAAUUUGAAGUCACUACAGAUGUUCAUGGGAUUAGUGAGGGUCCCAGAUUAGGAAGACAAAGAGUAACAAACAAGCAACCAAAGCUGUUCAACGGCAUGCAGUUUUACCUCCAUGGAAACUACACAAAAUCCUACAGAGGUUACCUGCAAGACCUUGUGGUUGCAGCCGGUGGCACCAUUCUGCACCGGAAGCCCGUCUCAAGAGACCAUCAGAUGUUGCUGGACAACAGGUGCCCGGUCGUCAUCGUCUACAGUGUCGAGAAUCAAGAGAAGGCGAAACUUGCUGCUGAUGAUCACAGGAGGCAGGCUGAUGAUGCUUGGGCCCUAGCCUGCGCUUCUGGUGGCAAAGUUGCGAGCAGUGCUUGGAUGAUCGAUUCAAUAGCAGCUUGCAGCCUGCAGCCUCUGAGCUUGAAGGCCCUUUCCUAGCUUCUACUGCCCAAGCUUUCCAUGUCGCUCUAGAUGAUUUAAACAAGAAGUGCAUAACUUAUAUGGUGUAAUCUAAAUUAUUCAUGUUAUUUUCUAAAUUUAAAGGGUUUUUUAUAGUUCCAUAAAUAUAUUUUUGGAGGGA